AGAACCUUCAGAAUAAGCAGAGUAUUGUCAGUUGACAAUGAAAACUAUUAUCUUCUGAUUUAGGAUCAAGUUUGUGAACAAAGGACAGUAUAAACAUGAAAGAGAUUUGCAGCCUUUUGCUGAGUUUACCCUUUUUCUUCAGUGCCCAAGCCAUUCGUGAGAGUGUGCCAAUGCAGWACUUGAGCUGCUACAAUGAUUACAAUUCACAAGUGACCUGUACGUGGAGRGAGCAUUCAGAGGCUCAUGUCUUCCUUGGUAUGACUCUCUACCGAAGGGAUAAUGACAAAAAGAAGAAUGAAGAGAUGCAUUGCAAGCCUCAGGCAGAAAAUGAGUUUCAUAAGGCCCCCAAAUUCUACAUCCACUGGGUAUGUCACAGCACUGUAAACAUUUUUGGAAUAGGAGUAGAUGAUAUUUACAGCUUCAAGCCAAACAAGACACUUCAAGCAGAAUUGAAUGUUCACCUUUACAAGACUGUUCAGCUCCUCCCACCUCAAAACCUGUCGGUCAGCUUGAUGACAUCAGGAGACUUCUUGCUGACAUGGAAAGGAUAUGAAGGAAUCCCAGGCCUGAGCAAUGCACUGGAGUAUGAAGUGACUUACAAGCAGAAGUGGGAGUCCUGGGAGAAGGCUGCCUCGCUUUCACUMUCCAACACGACGCGUUGCCGUCUCAGCCAUGAAGGCCUCGUUCCGGGCAGCAGCUACGUGGCCCGUGUGCGAGCCCGGCCAGGGCAGAGCGGUGGCUUCUCUGGGCAGUUCAGCGAGUGGAGCACGGAGGCAUCGUGGGAGAYGCCAGAAGGUGACAUUCAACCCAGGAACCUUCGCUGUAGCUUCAAUGGUGUGGAUCGCCUGCUGUGCAGCUGGGAAGUGAAGAAGGAGAUCAYCACCUCUGUCCUCUUUGGCUUGUUCUUCAAGACCACUUCAGCAUCAGUAGAGCAGGAGUGCUCUCCUGUGCAGGAGAAGACUUUGCCCCAUGCUCCCUAUGUGGUCCAGMGCUGUGAGAUCACUGUUACCAACACCAGUGYUCAGAGCCAGUACCAUGUAGCUGUUCGGACCAAACCAGAGGAGAAACUGAUUGAAGCCUACAAGAACAUCAGGGUGCUGCCACCCACAAAUGUGUCGGUAACCAUGAGAAAGAACCAGGAGUAUGAAAUGAGGUGGAUAAAACACACUUUGCAAUAUGACUUCAUAAAACAGAGAUACGAAGUCCAAUACUGGAAGGACAAUCAAUAUGAAAAGACUCUCCAGACGAUUGAUAUCAUCAACGAUGAGCCUUCCUUCAUCUUCACCCUCCAGAUGCUGGAAUCAUCUACAAAAUACAGGGGGAGAAUGCGCGCAAGGGUGAAUACUGAUGGCUACCACGGGCCUUGGAGUGAAUGGAGUGAGGAGUUUACCUGGGAAACUGAGAAUG